AUGGACUACCUGAAGAACAGCAGUUUUGGGGACGGGCCAGGUGCUCCACUACAUGACUGUGCGGGGAUCCUGGAGCAAGUACAUGGAUUCCAGACGGACCUGACCGACCGGCCCCUCCCCGAUGCCGAGGCUACUUGGUUCACUGAUGGCAGCAGCUUUGUGCGAGACGGACACAGGUAUGCGGGUGCAGCGGUGGUCACCGAAACGGACACCGUAUGGGCGGAGGCUCUACCCUCCGGAACGUCAGCCCAGCAAGCAGAGCUCAUCGCCCUUGCCAAGGUAACGCAGGCAGUAGGCAAGGCGGUGGGGGCAAACUGGAAAUUACAUUGUGCUUAUAGGCCCCAGAGCUCAGGACAGGUAGAAAGAAUGAAUAGAACCCUAAAAGAGACCCUUACCAAAUUAACCAUGGAGACUGGCGGGGACUGGGUGACUCUCCUACCAUAUGCCCUUUACCGGGUUAGGAACACUCCUUACACCUUGGGUUUUACUCCCUACAAGAUCAUGUUUGGCAGGCCACCCCCUGUUAUUCCCAGCCUUCGAGCUGAACUUCUUGCUAAGUUUAAAGAUCAAGAACUUUUUCUUUCCUUGAGAGGGCUCCAGAAGGCGCACGAGGACAUUUGGCCGGGCCUCCGUGCCAUCUACGAGGCUGGCCCAAUCCUGACACCUCAUCAGUACAGGCCGGGAGACUGGGUCUACGUCAAGAGACACCACCGAGAGACCCUCGAGUCGCACUGGAAGGGACCCUACAACGUGGUGCUGACAACCCCCACCACUCUCAAAGUAGAUGACAUUGCGACCUGGGUCCAUCACACCCACGUUCAGCCAGCAGACCCCUCCUCGAUCCGGAAGGACUUCAUCACGUGAUGGGCCAUCAGUUGGGACCAACACAACCAGCUCAAGCUAUAGCGCAUUCGACCUACCUGAUAUUGGUAACUCUGUUAACUCUGCUUGUCAUUGCUCAUGCUGCCAGGAGUC